AUGGUCAACGUCUUCCUCACUGGUGCAUCCGGCUUCGUCGGCUCUCACGUCACCCCCGUCCUCCUCGCCGCGGGCCACAAGCUCACAGCUCUCGCCAGGUCGGACGCUUCUGCCAAGAAGCUCAAAGACCAAGGUGUCACCGUCAUCCGUGGAACUCUCGAAGACACCGAGGUUCUCGAGAAGGCAGCUGCUGCUUCCGACGGUGUCAUCCACUUGGGCUUCAUCCACGAUUUCACCAACAUGCCUUAUGCUAUCAAAGUCGAAUUGGCAGCCAUCGAAGCAUUCGGCAAAGGUCUCAAGGGAACCAACAAACCCCUCAUAAUCACCUCCGGCCUCAUCGGCUCCUCCCCAGCCCCCACUGAGCUCACCCCCGCUCUCACAACCGGCCGCGGCCAAGCCGAACACUUCGUCCUCGCCCUCGCUUCCUCUGGUAUCCGCUCCCAAGUCAUUCGCCUCCCACCCACAACACACGGCGAUAGCGACCAAGGGUUUUUGACCUUUUACAUCCAACACUCCAAGAAGGCUGGGUUUGCGGGGUAUUUGGGGGACGUGGAGAAUCACUGGCCGGCGGUGCAUGUAAAGGAUGCGGCGGAGCUGUACAAGCUUGCGCUCGAGAAUGCUACUGGCAGUUUGAAGGGCGGACGCUGGCGUUCCUUUCAAAAAAUCGCGUCCGUCGUCGCCAAGCACUUGGGCAUUUCCACCAAGAGCCUCACACCCCAGGAGGCGGAGACGGCGUAUUUGUGGAUGGGGCACAUUAUUUCGAUGGACGCUGUGGCGACGAGUGAGUUGACGAGGGAGAGGACGGGGUGGGAGCCGAAGGAGAAGGCGUUGUUGAAGGACAUUGAGGAGUCAGAGUGGUACUUUGCAGAAGGCAGUGCGCCCAAGUCUUGUCUAGGAGAGCUGGGUUUGCAGGCUAUGUGGGCGAUGGUGAUCUGCACUGGUCAGCGGUACACGUCAAUGACGCUUGAAAUUCAAGACUCUGGCGUGCCCCCCAAGUCUAUCGCCGAGACUGUUGCUCGAAGGCUAGGGAUCCCGACCAAGAGUUUGAUGAUGGAGGAAGCGAUCGAGCAUUAUGUGUGGUUUGCACAAGUUUUCUUGACGCGGGAUAUGGUAGCUUCCAGGGAGCUCACAAAGAGUUGGCUGGACUGGGCACCAGAGGCGAAGGGCUUGUUGGAGGAUAUCAAGGGUAGUGAGUGGUACUUUUCGCCAGAGGCUGUGUCGAUGUUUUGA